GUUUGAAUAAUUACUGAUUUAUUUUUAUUAGGUUUAAGACAUCAUAAGUAAACAACAUGAUGUUAUAUAAAUUUAUGGUCAUUUUGGUCAUGAUGACUUUGUCAAAGUGCGACAUAUCAAGGCCAAGUACGAAAGUGUUAUCUCGGUUUGAAAUUGCAGAAAUUACUAGAAUAGCGGAAGAAAAUCUUGUUCAUGAAAUGGAAAAUGCAAUGGCCGACGAAGAAAAACCUCCAAUUUUUGUGGAGCAGCCGCCUCCGGAUGCAAGGGCGUAUGCAGAAAUUGAAACAAUUCGGAAAAAUAUCAGCCGGAAUAGAGAUGUGGAAUGCAAUAUAACAGCAGGAUAUAUAUGGGAGUUGUGUCGCCCAGUGCUUUUGAAAAUUUGCAAAGAACAAUACAGGACUAGAUGCAGAAGCAGAACCAGUCCGCGAAGUUUCCGAUCAUUCAAUCGAAGACUUCAACGCAUUUUCCCUAUUUUCCGCCCACCGGAAAUAUUCAAACCUAUACCACUCGGUGAAUGGUUUGAAAAUCAAAUUUCUCACCUCAAUGACGCAAUCAAAAACUCAAGUAAUAUUCAGUUUACUGUUUCCAUCACAAAUAACAACAAAACCCACACAUUCACUCAUGAGGAUGUUGCAGAGGAAAUUGAAAACGUCACAGAUCAAUUCCAAAGAUCAAUGAACCGGGUGUUUGGAAAAUACAGGAAUCUUCUCAGAAUUCCAGAUUUACCUGCUCGAAGAUAUCACAAUCGUUUCAGAGAAAGAGAAAAUGAAGACUUCGGCGAAUGGUUACAGCGAUUUCUUUCUAGGAUCACAAAUGAUUACGACGAUGAAGAUGACGAUGAUGAAGAUGACGACGAUGAAGAUGACGACUAUGAAGAUGACGAUGAUGAAGAUGUGGAAGAUGAUGAGGUUAUUGAGAGGAUAAGAUUCUCUGGAGCAGAAACUCGCUCUGAAAAGUCUCGUCCUUUUGAUCCUUCUGUUAUCCUACCUAAACGUCUCCCUAAAAAAAGUAGAAAUUUUCCAAGAAGAAAGAAUACUAGACACAGAAGAAGCCCUCAUCGUGGAUAUUACGGAAGAGAAAGAACAUCAUUCAACCCACAUAUUCAGUACGCACGUGCACCGCAAAGAACUGGACACAGGGGCAAUUAUCAAAGCAAUUUUAUGCGACAACAAAGAAUGCAAUCCAGGGAACCAUGGCGCAACUUUGCAAUGCCACACCCCCGCAUUGAGUCCCAUUUACCACCAAGGUUUCCACCAAUUUUUCCGAAAAUACCACAUCAUGGAACGGAAUGGCCUAGGUGGCAUCAUCCAAUUAUGAGAAAGCCAGAAUUUCCGAGAAAAGAAGACAUUGAAAUAUCUUGCGAAAAAAUUGAAGAAAGUCCUGAAGUUUGUCUCGAAAUUGCAGAAAGAACAAAAAAGUGUGAAUCGGUGUUGCAAAAUGUUUGUCCCAAAUACAUGGAAGCACGUCGAAGAAUUUCUGAAAAAUUGGACGAAGUUAUUUCACAACAGCAUCAAAUUACUCACGUUGUUAGAGGUGACGAUAACGAUGCAGAAGAAGUGAACGAGAAUUAUCGAUGGGAAACUCAAAUCAGUGGAAAACCAUCCAUUGUUAUAGAAUCUAUUCGUAUCAAUCAACGUGGAACCCACGAUGCUUACGUCAUCGCUAAACUGUCUGACAACACUAAAGUUGAAAUGGUUGUCCCUGGCUCUGAUCACGAUAUAUCGGCUAAAUCGCUUGGAAAGGCAAUUGGAAAAAUGGCUUUCGAUUCAUACAAACGAAGGGGCAUUCAGAGACACAAGAGACAAUAGUUCAGAUAUAUUCAACAUCGGCAACAAACGACAUCAUUUCAGACAUUAUAUACAAUGAUCAUCAGCUCACCAAACUUCGACAAUGCUUCUACUAUAUAAAACGUAAAGUUAUUGGUUGUGAUUUAAAUAGUGAUUCAAAUUAGUUAUAGAAAACAUUAGUGUUACCAAACAACAAACAAUUAGAUGUUCUAGAUCAGUGUUCUUCAACCUUUUUGUUAUUGUGGAACCCCUGAUAAAAAUUUUCGUUUUUUAUGGAACCCCAAUCAGAAUUGAAAAAAAAACACGAAAUACUCGUAACACGAAAAGCUGAACAACAACUCUAUUUUGUAGUAUAUACUCUAUCUAGUCUCGAGCAAUAUUCA